AUGUCGCUUUGUAAAACUCGUUUACAAGAGGAAAGAAAACAAUGGAGAAAGGACCAUCCGUUUGGGUUUUAUGCGAAGCCUACAAAGGCGGCUGAUGGGUCUUUAGACUUGACACAAUGGACUGCUGGUAUACCAGGUAGAUCAAACACUUUGUGGCAAGGAGCUACAUAUCCAAUCACUAUAACAUUUCCAGAAGAAUAUCCUUCAAAACCGCCUAAAAUCAAGUUCCCUAGUGGGUUCUACCACCCUAACGUGUACCCAAGUGGAACGAUAUGCUUAUCUAUCUUAAACGAAGAACAAGAUUGGAGACCAGCUAUUACCAUCAAACAGAUCGUGAUGGGUAUCCAAGAAUUAUUGGAUAGUCCAAAUCCAGAUUCGCCUGCACAAGAACCGGCUUGGAAAGCAUUUAGUAAGGAUAUUGCUACAUACGAAAAGAAAGUUAAAGAGCAGGCGAAGAGAUACGCAAAUGCGUCAUAA